AAAUUAAUCUUAUUUAACCUAAUUACUAAGCUACCUCCUUUAAAAAAACUAGUUAUAAAGGUACUUUAUGAUAAUAUCUUUAUAGUAGUUAAUAAACUUAUAAAAAUAACCUACUUUAUACCCUUUAAAAAAGCUAGUAAUAUAGAAGAACUAGCCUAUGUAAUAAUAAAAUAUAUUAUAAGCAGCUAUAAACUACUAGGAGAUAUAAUCUCCGAUAGAGGAAAUAUAUUUAUAUUUAAAUUCUAA